AACAAUGACCAUAACUUGCUGCUGGUCGGGAAUCCGAGAGGCGCUCGUUUGCCGGUCGUCGUCCUUUAGCAGUAUUAAAUAGUAAAUACUAUAAAAAAUUAACUUAAAGUGUUUAUGAUCUAUAUUCAUCACUGUACGACACGGUCGACAAAACAAAAAUAUGUCUGCGCUACAAACGGCGCUUCGACGAACGACGGCUGUGAUGAUGCCUAGUGGUAUUCAUCCUGUCCGGGUUUGGUGUUCGACCAAAGCUGUUCCUACUGACGGAAAGUUCAGGGUGUUGGACUUGAAGAAAAAAGCAUUUGUGCCUAAUGCAAAAAAGAAGUACACUAAGACCAUCACUUUACCGCCCAGAUCUUUGAGAAUGCCUGUUGAUCAAGACUGGUCUAAUGUGUGGCCCGGUCCUAGAACAUUUCAUCCAGCUACUGUUCCAUUGGCUGUACGACAAGGGUAUGAUCAGAAAAGAGCAUCGCCUGGAAAAUAUGGCAAUGCUGAGCUUAUGAAAAUUCCAAAUUUUCUGCAUCUUACACCACCAGCAGUAAAAAAACAUUGCAGUGCUUUAAAACAGUUUUGUACUGAAUGGCCUAAAGGUUUAGAAACUGAUGAAGAUUGUGAUAGACAUUUUCCAAUGACAACAAUAACAACAGAUUAUUGUCAUUCAUCACCGACAAUCAAAGAUCCAAAAGCUAGAAUAGUUACAAUCAAAGUCAAAUUAAGCACAUUUAAUUUGGAUAAACAUGCCAGAGACAAAAUGAUCAGAUUGGUCGGGGACAGAUAUGAUGAAGAAACUGAUAUGCUUACUAUUGUCACUGACCGUUGUCCAACGAGGAAACAAAAUUAUGAUUAUGGAAUUUAUGUUCUCACGGCCUUGUAUCACGAAUCUAAUACCUUUGAAGAAUGGGAACGACAAAAACAAGAAGCAGACAUGGAACAUUACAUUUGGGAAAACAAUCCAUCAAAAAAAGCAUAUGUUACAUUAACUCGAUGGCCACAAAAGGUUUCUGACGAAGAUGUAAAAUCACAUUCUAUUGAUGACGAUACAGUGGGACAGAAAUACAAAGAAGCUGUUACAGAAUUAUUAAACAAUGGUGAAGAUACAUACACUUUGAAUAAAUACAAGGAAGCUGCGCUUGCUGUGUUAUUACCUCAAAACAUACAGUCUUAGAAAAUUUUAAAUAUUAAAUUAGAUAUUUGUUAUUCUGUACAAUAAAAUUAAUUUUGUUCAGACUUGA